UCUUCUGGACACCGUUUUCUAUACACAAACUGUAGGCAAUUGCCAGUCCAUAUCUAUAAGGUCUAUGGCUACACUCUGACUCUGUGUUACUGACUUUUGUACACAUAGCACAGAACGAAACCAAAAUUGUGCACAUGUUACCUGCUCGCCCAAUUGUGCACAUUAGUUACGUAGUUCGUGUAUGUACAUCAGAGCAAUCAGGGAUUCAGAGCCUAAGUAAUCUCGAAAAGUUGGCAUAUUAAUCUUCUUUUGUACGGACGACGUGAAGAAAUUAUGUAGUUGCGAUGGUUGCGAGUACAGCGACUAAUAUGACUGGAUCUAUAUAUCAUGAACGACAGGUGAAGGAGCUGUGUGCAUUACAUGCAUUAAACAACUUGUUUCAAGAGCGGGGAUUUAGCAAGCAAGAAUUAGAUCAAAUUUGUUAUAGUUUGAGUCCUGAUGUUUGGAUUAAUCCUCAUAAAUCUUUAUUAGGACUUGGCAACUAUGACAUUAAUGUUAUUAUGGCUGCUCUCCAAAGAAGAGGACGUGAAGCGGUAUGGUUCGACAAACGUAGGGAUCCUAAAUGUCUUUGUUUAGACAACAUCGAGGGUUUUAUACUUAACGUCCCAACUGAAUACAAAAUAGGUUUUGUGUUAUUACCUUUAAAACGACGUCAUUGGAUUGCUCUGAAAAAGAUACAUGGUGCCUUUUAUAAUCUCGAUUCAAAACUGGACUCGCCACAAUUGAUAGGAAAGGACAACGAUUUAUUCAUAUAUCUAAAGGAUCAGAUAGAUAGUAAGGAAAAGGAAUUAUUCCUUGUUGUUUCUAGAGAAAUUGAUAACAAUCAAGGAUGGUUAAUAGACACAUGUGAAAAUAAAGAUGACAAUAACAUCGAUCAUGAUUCUAUUAGGUAUAUCGAGGAUGGAUAUCCAGAUAUAGAUUUGAAAAAAUCCGAGUCUAAGGAAAUGAACGAAAAUGAGGAAUUCUUAGAUAAUAAAAAUUCUAGAUAAUUGAGGCUACACGCACCACACUUCACUCAAUUAUUUAUUUAUUCAUUCCAUUGUUGUAAAUUUAAAGCAGAGUAAUUGUAAAUUGUUGCAAAAAAGGCUUGAAUUUAUAAGACCGAGAAAAAGGACAAAGAGAUAAUGAAAAUUAUGCAUAAUAAAUGUUUCACUCAGUAUUUUUCGCAAUGAUACUUUUAUUCAUGUCUGUGUUGGCACAAACACAGUGAUAUUUUUAUUUAUUUAUUUUUAUAUUUUAUUAGAAAAGAACUAUAUUCGUAUAUUGUGUAUAUUACAUACCAUUUAUGUAAUGAUACAUGUGUAAUAACGCAUUUUAAGAUAUGACAUAUGUAAGAUAUAUAGUAUUGUACUUGAAAGGAAGAUAUUGCUUUAUUAAAAGUUAAUGUGUAUAAGGACUCGUAUUUAAAGAAUAGCUACUCAUAUAAAAGGGUAUUUAUGUGUAUCUACCGUGAUAUUAUUUAUAUGUGAUAAUCAUAUUCGUCAUUUUAAAAAGCUUGUAUAAAUAAACACACUUGUAAUACGAAAUUGUUAUGAUACAUUUUAGAUACUAUCAUAACUUUUACACAAUGUACUUGUAAUUUGUUUUAUUAUGUAGUUUAUUAUGUAUAUAUAAAAUGAUAUUAAUGAUAUUAGACAUUUAUAUAAGAGCAUAAAAUUUAUUAUAUAAUGUGUUAGCAUAUAUUUAAGUAUUUAUGGCUUUAAGUGGGCGUCAAAUAAACAAUAAUUAUUUAUUUUUAUUGUUGUACCGCAAGAAUAAAAAGUCAAACACACACACACAUAGCCAAUGUAAAUCUACUGUGCGAAAUAUUAUAUACACAUAUAUAUGUUUUAGAAGUAA